AUGCAAUACGUGGGUCAAUUUGGAGGCUACGUAUACAACCAGUGGAACUCGCUCAACCCGGCAACGCUCUCGGGCGCAAUUGACAUUCUCGUCAUCGAGCAGCCCGACGGCACGCUUCAAUGUUCGCCCUGGCACGUUCGGUUCGGUGUGUUCCAAAUUCUAAAGCCGCUGGACAAGAAAAUCGACGUGUAUGUUAAUGACACCAAGACGGACUUGCCCAUGAAACUCGGCGAGGGCGGCGAGGCCUUUUUCGUGUUCGAAACGGACUCCAACGACCUCUCUCUGUCCGUAGUCACCUCUCCAGUGAUCAGUGCCGCCAGUUCUCCACAGAUGAGUCCCUCUUCGGGGACGCUGGACAUGCGCAGCGAGCCGGAAGAUCUUGACUUGAAUCUGAAUUCUCCAAAGGGCAAAGACGACAUCGAGAGCAAGAUCCGCUUGUCAAACUCUCCUCCACCUUCGCAACGGCCAGGCUCGCCAGGGUCGCCCAGAAGCGAGGCGCUGCGCUUGACAUUCGAGAAGGUCAAGAAGUUGACCAAGAAGCUCAACAUUCCAUCCAAGAUCGACGUCAAUGGCGAUGUCAUCCUAGAUAUGGAUGGAUACAAGCCCAGUGCCGAAAAGAACAUCGCUCUGUCCGAUAAAAUGGUCCACGACAUCUUUUUGAAGGAAAUGUAUAGCUCAUUGGAGGGCUCCGACUUGGGCGCGUCCGAUGAGGGCAAGCCUGGCUUCACAGAGUAUGAUUUGCUUCAAAGCGUCAUUAAGAAGGACUCCGAUGGUAGAAUUCGGAUCAUCAACAAGGAACCCGAACUUGAGAUGAUGGACGAGGCUCUCGAUUCCCAAGACCUCACUUUUGCUCCUGAAGCCGAGGAUAAUGGUGAUGCUCUUCCCAACAGCGAUCCCUCCAAGGAUAAGGUUUACAUCAAAACUUUGAGACUCACGUCUUUGCAAUUGGCAAAUAUGAAACUACAGUAUGGCCGCAAUCGUUUGAGAUUCCAACUUUCUCAUGGAACAUCCCAGAUUGAAUCGGAUCUUUAUCUCUGGAAGUCAACCACACCCAUUGUCAUUUCGGACAUUGACGGAACCAUCACCAAGUCCGACGCUCUUGGACAUGUGCUUAAUAUGUUUGGUAAAGAUUGGACUCAUCCUGGUGUGGCAAAUUUGUUCCAGGAUAUCAAUAAGAAUGGAUACAAUGUGCUUUACUUGACUGCCAGAUCUGCUGGCCAGGCUGACACCACAAGGCAAUACUUGGAUAGUAUCAAUCAAGAUGGCAUGAGGUUACCGAAAGGUCCUGUGAUUUUGAGUCCAGAUCGAACUAUGGCAGCUCUAAAACGAGAAAUCAUUUUGAAGAAACCUGAGGUGUUCAAAAUGGCAUGCCUUCGUGAUAUCAAGAGCCUUUUUUUCCAAAACCAAGGAAAGGAUGAUGAUGAAGAUGAAGAAGACGAUAGAACCCCGUUCUAUGCUGGGUUUGGAAACAGAAUCACAGAUGCCAUCAGUUACAGAAGUGUGAAGAUUCCAUCGCACAGAAUCUUUACCAUCAAUCCCAAUGGCGAAGUGCAUAUGGAGUUGCUAGAGUUAGCAGGAUAUCGAUCGACAUAUUUACGUAUUGGAGAAUUGGUUGACCAAUUCUUUCCUCCACUCAAGUACAUCACAGACUUCAACGGAUAUUGGGACCAGAAUCAAUUAGAUGACUAUAUGAGCAAAAAAGGAUCCCAAGAUGAUGGGGAUGAAAGUGUUUCGAGGCCAUUGGUUUGCCCAGGCUCCCCCAGAAGCAUCAACUCUACAGAGCAUGUGUUCCGUGCUGACGAGAAGUACACUGAUUUGAACUACUGGCGCGAGAACAUGGACUACCUCAGCGAUUUGAGUGACAUUGAGGACGACGAUAGUACUGAGCCAAAGUCGACACCUGGCUCACCCAAACUGCCAGGGCGUUCUGUCGCAAGCUCUCCCAAAUUUCCAGCUUCAAGAGCACGCGAGUCAAGUCCUCCAGGAAUGUCACUCAAAUCGGAUCGCCUAAGUUCAUCCACAUUUUCAUCUCCUCUCAAGUCAUUCAUGGCUCGCAGCAAUUACACAAACCCUGCUCCUAAGCCCAUGAAGUCUAAUAUUCAAAUUGGCCAAGAGGCAGACUCCGCAAAUGCAACAUUCGAUGAUGACGACGAGUAUUUCACGGAUGACUAUGAUGACGACGAGCCCGAAAACUAUGAUCAAGUAUUAGAUGAUGAUGAAGAGGAUGAAGACGACGACGAUGAUGAAGACGGAGAUGAAGAGGAAGAUUACGACUACACAAGUGAUGAUGACCUGGAAGACCCUGAAAUUGAUGAUGAGGAUGCAGAAGAAGAUUUAGACGAAGAAGAGGAUAUCGACUUCGAAGAGCAAAUACCAACUGAGGCGUUGCCCGAGAGUGCUAAGCAUCAAAAUGACGAGGGCAAACCGACAAUCACGACAGCCAACGAGAUGCUUAAGAAUAUGAAAAUUGAGUAG